CCUUCCACAGCUUCCAUCGCUGGCUGAUAUCAGGCAUAAUCUUGUUCCCAAAUUCAGAUCUAUCAUCUGCGAGGUUAUUUUGGUGAAUGAGCAGCCACUUAUGAAGCAGGGACGUUUGCUCGCUCUUGCAACUCGCGUGCUUUCAUCUUCAAGUUCAAAAUUACUUCUUUCAAAACAGACACGCCACAUUGUCUACUGCUCGAAACUCAAGAACACUCAACGAGAACACAUCUACAGAAACCAACACUUUCGAGGCCGACUGUACUCAAGCAUGUCUCCAAACGACGAGAAGCCACGCGCGCCUUUCAUUGUCCGAUUCUACGGGAACGAAGCCGAGCGCGACAGCAAUGGUCGCAACCUUGACGAGAUUCUGAAUUUCGACGACUACGAUUUGGAGGGCCACCAUGAUUUCAUCCAAGUCAUCUUUCCACUUCCUGAACGCUCACCAAUCAACCCAAGCGCACCCAUCAUCACCAAAGCCGUCCGUGACGCCUUUCUGCAACAAGAGCUCCUCCGCAGCAACCUCUUUCGCGCAUUCGCUCGCAUGGCGAGUUUCUACGCCUUCGAUGCGUCUGGCACCAAGGAGGAUCCCACGCUCGAUCCAAAAGCAAAUUUCACAAAGCUGGCUCGACAGACGUGGCUCACACGUAUGGAUCACAACCACCUUCGCAUCACACGCAUUAUUCGAUGCAUGCGUAUACUUGGACUCGAAACGGCUGCAACCAAUUUCUACGAUGCUCUUCGGGCAAAUGAAGGCGGGAAGGUGUCUGAGAGAAGCAUGAUGUACUGGGAGCGUGCUGUCAAGCGUCCACUUCACCUACCGCCUGAUGAGUCGAACGAAGAUGCGAUGGGUGUUGCGUGGUUGAAGGAAAACAAUGCGUCGUGAGAGGCAUGAGUCUUGAACCACUUUCUCUUGCCGCAUGCCCAAACUGCAAUAGGAAACGCAGGUUCUGGAGGGGUCUGAAGUUUUGCAACCAUGGUCUCCGCAUUUGGACAUAGUUCCGUGACAUGAUGGUAUCAGCACAUUCAAAGCAGGUCAACGACGAAAGGGAAAUAACCGCUCAGGGGGCAUUUCGGCCUGAACGGAGACGAGUCAAUUUUGGGUUGCGCUUGGCAGGAAGCAGGCCCAUUUACAGCACACGCGGGAUCAUCAGGGUCACUUGUCAGUUACACAUUUCAAACCGACCA